AUGGCCCCCACCAAGACUGCGAAGGGUAAGACUGCGGCGAAGGGCAACGCGAAGGAUGCGAAGGCCGCGAAGGCCAAGUCCGCGAAAAAGGCUGCACUCCAUGGCACGCACGCCCACUCUGCGCGCAAAGUGCGCACCUCUGUCUCCUUCCACCGCCCCAAGACCCUCCGCCUUCCUCGUGCGCCCAAGUACCCGCGCAAGUCUAUCCCCCAUGCUCCCCGUAUGGACCAAUUCAGGACGAUCGUCUCGCCACUGAACACGGAGUCGGCAAUGAAGAAGAUCGAGGAGCACAACACUCUCGUCUUCAUCACUGACAUCCGGGCGAACAAGCGUCAAAUCAAGGACGCCGUUAAGAAGCUCUACGACGUCCAGGCGGCGAAGGUCAACACUCUCAUCCGUCCUGACGGCAAAAAGAAGGCGUACGUCCGGUUGACAGCCGACCACGACGCGCUGGACGUGGCGAACAAGAUCGGCUUCAUCUAA